GUUUUUCCCUAUCCAGUAACGCAGUCAGUCUGAAACCAUGUACAAAUACUUUUGGAAGCCAUUAGAAAAGGACCAACGGGAUGCUGUGGAAUGUGAAGUAAGAGGAACCAUCCCUUCGUGGUUAACCGGAACUCUAUUCCGCAAUGGUCCUGGAAAGUACGAGUUUGGUGAAGAGCAGUAUAAUCAUCUUUUUGAUGGAGCUGCUGUUUUGCACAAGUUCGUCUUCAACGAAGGGAAAGUUAUUUAUCAAAAUCGUCUUCUAGACACGGAUACUUAUAGGUCUAAUAUGGCUGCAAAUCGUAUUGUCAUUGGUGAAUUUGGAACAGCUGUCGCUCCGGAUCCUUGUAAGAAUUUAUUAAAUCGAUAUUUUACUCAUUUUUCCCGAAAAAUGGAACAAACCGACAACACAAAUGUAAACGUUGUGGAAUUUUGUGAUCAAAUAUAUGCCCUAACCGAAACUCCUUAUAUGAACCGAAUUGACCCAGAAAAAUUGGUUGCAACUAAAAAGGUUGAAUUGGACAAACUAAUUUCAGUCAAUCUAAGCACAGCACAUCCCCAUUUUGAACCAGACGGUUCAAUGAUUAACUUUGGAGUACAAUUUGGGAAGAGUUCCAAUUAUCAUGUAAUAAAAAUUCCUCCAAUAGACAAAGAAUGUACGGACUCGAUUGAUUAUGCUGAAAGGAUUGCUACUCUUCCUGUUCUAACAUCACCAACAUAUUUUCAUAGUUUUGGUAUGACGGAAAAUUAUAUAAUAUUCAUUGAGCAACCGUAUUACCUAAAUAUCCUAUCAAUACUAUCGACAAGAGUGACAAAUAAAUCCUACCAGGAUUGCUAUGAAUGGAGACAAGGCAUAAAAAAUGUUUUCCACGUUAUUAACAAGGAAACUAAAGAAGUUUCUCAAGUGAAAUACGUUUCCGAUCCCUUCUUUUUCUUCCACUUAAUUAAUGCGUACGAAGAUGAAAAUCAUAUCGUUAUCGACGCCAUUUGCUAUCCUGAUGACAAAAUUGUUAAUGCUUUCUUUCUAGCAAAUUUAAGGCAAGGUCCUCACGUCGAAGGUUAUGAGAAUUUUCCGGCGCCAGAUGUAAGGAGAUAUGUACUUCCUUUAAACGUUCCGGAAGGUGUUCCAGAAGGCGCCAAAGAGAAUUUAGUAUCAAUCGACAGUAGAGCAUUCGCCAAGAAAAAGGAUAAUACAACAAUCUUUCUGGCACCAGAAAGAUUUGCUCACGCUUCGUUCGAGAUGCCCAGGAUAAACUACGAUUCGUACAACACAAAGAAAUAUCGUUACGCUUACGGAGCCAAUAUGAGAAAAUCAGAGAUGAAUGAGUUGGUUAAAAUUGAUUGGCUAACAAAGAAAGUUAACAGAUGGUAUGAAAAUGAGGAUUGGAUAGUCGGUGAACCAGUUUUUAUUCCGAAACCUAAUCCAACAGCCGAAGACGAUGGCGUGGUUUUAUCACCAGUAAUAAGCUCUUUGCCAGGAGAAUCGGCGUUCCUACUCGUUCUGGAUGCUACUUCCUUUACAGAACUUGCUAGAGCGGAAAUUCCUUCCGACGUUCACGUUCCAUUAAAUUUUCAUGGUAACUUUGUAAAAAAGUGUUAUCCAGCUCCUCCAUCGUCAUCCGUCUAACUAGACUUUUAAUAUUUCCCUUCGUCGAGUACUACUACUACUACUACUACUACUCUUCCUUCUUCUUCUUCUUCUUCUUCUUCUUCUUCUUCUUCGUCUUCGUCUUAUUCGUCUUAUUAUUGUUACUAUUAUCCGUCUUUGAUAAUCGUACACUAGGGUUGAUAGCGUACGUAAAUCAAUUAACAUAUUAUACAAGAUAUCCUGUAAAAAAUGGACAUGCAGUAGGAAAUAAAAAAAAAGAAAGCGUCUCAAAACUUAUAAUAUACUGCAUGUACAUUUAAAAGAGAAAAAGAGAGCACUUGUACUGUACACGCUUUUGUCUACAGUAUUAUACUAUCUGCAUAUAUAUAUAUAUAUAUAUAUAGACAUAUAAAUGUCUUUUCACUGUAUAAGGAAGGAAACUAUGAGAGAAAAUUGAUUGUAGAUAGAUAGAUAGAUGAAUCGAUAGAUAAAAGAUAACUUUUUAAAAAAAGUAAUAAAAGAAAUUUAUUCAUUCUAUUAAAAAUAUUAAAAAAACAUCAAUAAAAAAGAAAAAAUCUAUAAACAAAAAGAAAAUCCAACUCAACCCAACAAAAAUAGAGACCAACCCCUACUGCAGUUAGAUUUAUUUUCAACGUUUCAUUUUCUCUUAAUAUUGUACUGAAACUUAACAAAAGAGAGAGAGAGAGAGAGCAGAAAAGGAGAAUAUAAAAAACCUUAUCAAAAAAAGAAACCUUUAAAAGUAACAUAGUUUUAAAGGGAAGGCUUUCAGAUAGCUUUAAACAAUUUACUUGUCUCUUUCUCCUCUUAAUCAAUCAAUCAAUCAGCCCCACCAUAUUAUUUUUUUAUUUUAACUUUGCAUAUAUUAUGCAAAUGAAUUUAUGUCUUAUGGGAAAUCUAGUGGAUCUAUUAUAUAAUAUACUUGUAGGAGUAUACGUAUAAAACGUUCUCUAUGUGUCGAUUGUUGAGUACGUAAUACAGAGAAAAGUGGCUGUAAAGGUUUAGCAAACGUAAGAAAUAGUGUUGAAAUAGAACAAAUUCGACGAAUGAACUGCAGUGUUAAGUGUGUACGAAUCGUAUCUCUGUUGUAUCUAAUUGUUUAUAUUAUACACAGUGUUUAUGUUCAAUGCCAAUAUAUAAAAAUGUGUUGAUUGGUGGCGACAUCUUUAUUCCUUAUGAGGUAGCAAAUUACAAUAAAGACUAAAGUUAUUCCAUUGUCUUGAAACGUGUUAAAUAAU